CCAGAGCUUUGCACUUGUGACCUGGCCCUUCAGCAGCAGCAGCAGGGAGCUCCACCGCUGCAGCUUCUCUGCUCUCAUGGUUCGCAGCCCGCCCCUUCCCACACUGAUUUUAUAAAGCUCCAGUCCCAUAGCUUUCUUGUAAUGAGAAGUGGCUGCUGGGCAGGGUUCUGCUAGCAGCUCCUGAAAUCAUGGGGCUGGGCUAUAGGUAUUUUGUGAGCUUAGUACUGCUCUGGUCCCUGGGGACAGCACUUGGGCAGGAGGACUUCCUUCGGGUCAGUUUCUCUGUCUUGCAGCGUGAAUAUGAGUAUGACUGUGGAGAUUAUGGGAUGCAGCUGCUGGUCUUUCCCAGCCCAGGCCGCACUGUCCGCUUCCAAGUUGUGGAUGAGUUUGGGACAGCCUUUGAGGUUACUAACUGCUCCAUCUGCCUCCACUGGGUCACAUCUAACCAGGACGGGGCUGUGAUCUUCUCAACAGGCUACAAUGGCUGUCAUGUGCUGAAGAAGGAUGGCCGUAACCACCUGCGGGUCCGUGUAGAAGAACUUCUGAGCACCAGAGCUGUUGCUGCCACCUAUGACGUGAACAUGACCUGCCCCAAGCCCACUGAACAUGACUUAACCAUGCGCUACGUGCCGCAGCCGGGCCUGGUGCACCCAGACCCUCAGCCACAGCCGGACCUGGUGCACCCGGACCCUCAGCCGCAGCCGGGCCUGGUGCACCCGGUGCCGCAGCUGCAGCCGCAGCCGGGCCUGGUGCGCCCGGUGCCACAGCCACAGCCGGGCCUGGUGCCGCAGCCGGGCCUGGUGCACCCGGUGCUGCAGCUUCAGCCGCAGCCGGGCCUGGUGCGCCCAGUGCCGCAGCCACAGCCAGGCCUGGUGCGCCCAGUGCCGCAGCCGCAGCCAGGCCUGGUGCGCCCAGUGCCGCAGCCGCAGCCGGGCCUGGUGCGCCCGGUGCCGCAGCCGCAGCCAGGCCUGGUGCGCCCGGUGCCGCAGCUACAGCCGCAGCCGGGCCUGGUGCGCCCAGUGCCGCAGCCGCAGCCGGGCCUGGUGCGCCCGGUGCCGCAGCUACAGCCGCAGCCGGGCCUGGUGCGCCCGGUGCCGCAGCCGGGCGUGGUGCGCCCGGUGCCGCAGCUACAGCCGCAGCCGGGCGUGGUGCACCCGGUGCCGCAGCUACAGCCGCAGCCGGGCCUGGUGCAUCCAGUGCCGCAGCCGCAGCCGGGCCUGGUGCGUCCGGUGCUGCAGCCGCAGCCGGGCCUGGUGCGCCCGGUGCCGCAGCUACAGCCGCAGCCGGGCCUGGUGCGCCCAGUGCCGCAGCCGCAGCCAGGCCUGGUGCGCCCGGUGCCGCAGCCGCAGCCAGGCCUGGUGCGCCCGGUACCGCAGCUACAGCCACAGCCGGGCCUGGUGCGCCCGGUGCCGCAGCUACAGCCACAGCCGGGCCUGGUGCGCCCGGUGCCGCAGCUGCAGCCGGGUCUGGUGCGCCCGGUGCCACAGCCACAGCCGCAGCCGGGCCUGAUGUCGCAAAUCUAUCCUCCGCUGAGUAAUAUCGGUGCCCGCCUGACACCGGAGCAGUGCCAAGUGGUGGCUGGGAAGAUCCCCUGUGCAAAUGCCCUUGACCAAGCUGCCUGCUUCCAGGCUGGCUGCUGCUAUGAUAGGACUGACCCAACUACUCCUUGCUACUAUGGAAACACAGUCACUCUCCAGUGCCUCAUGGAUGGUCACUUUAUUCUGGUGGUCUCCAGGGACAUGUCUGACCAUCCCAUCAUCCUGGACAAUAUACGGCUAGCCUAUGCCCAGGCAGGGUGCAAUCCCAUCAGGAUGACAGAAGCUUUUGUGCUCUUCCGCUUCCCUCUCACACAAUGUGGCACCACAGUCCAGGUAAUUGGGGACAAAUUGAUCUAUGAGAAUCAGCUGAUCUCUGGCAUUGACAUACAGACUGGGCCAGAAGGCUCCAUCACUCGGGACAGCACCUUCGUCCUCCAUGCUCGCUGCAUCUACAAUGCCAGUGACUUCCUGCCAGUCCAGGUCACGGUCUUCUUGCCCCCCACACCUGCUCCAGUCAUCCAGGCAGGACCCCUCCGGCUUGAGCUGCGUAUCGCCACAGACCUGAACUACAGAUCGUAUUUCACAGAGAGAGACUAUCCUGUGGUGAAGGUACUCAGGGACCCUGUUUAUGUGGAGGUUCGCAUCCUGCAGAGAACAGACCCAUCCCUGGUUCUGGUUCUGCACCAGUGCUGGGCCACCCAAAGUGCUAACCCCCUGCAGGCGCCGCAGUGGCCCAUCCUGGUGGAUGGGUGCCCAUUCCUAGGAGACAACUACAGAACUCAGCUUGUGCCCAUGGACCCUGCCUCAUCUGAGCUGCCCUUCCCAACUCAUCACCAGCGCUUUGUCCUCUCCACCUUUGCUUUUGUGGACUCUACUUCCCAGAUGGUACUUGAGGGACUGGGAUGGGUGUGUCAUGCUGCUGUUGGUUCUAGACCCACACUGGCUGUAGCCCAGCCAGAGCUCUCAACUGUCCAAUUAGCUAUAUUCUACAGCAUAGAAAUAGUUGGCAAGGAGUGUGAACUCCAGCUCAGACCAGUGGAUCAACUGCGAGGCCGUCGGUUCCUGACUAUCCAAAACCCUGGUUCUAGACUGGACCUGUCCCCUGUGCUCCUGGCUGGGCUCUUGCUGGUGGCUGUAGUCUCCAUCCUCACUGCCGUGAUCCUGCUUUGGAAGAAAAAAGCCAUGGGGCUGGGCUGGAGGUAUUUUGUGGGCUUAGUACUCCUCUGGUCCCUGUGGCCAGCCCUUGGGCAGGGGGACUUCCGCAGGGUCAGUUUUUCUGUCUUGCCGCAUGGAUAUGAGUAUGAUUGUGGAGACUAUGGGAUGCAGCUGCUGGUCUUUCCUAGGCAAGGUCACACCAUCCGCUUUAAAGUUGUGGAUGAGUUUGGGACUCCCUUUGAAGUUACAAACUGCUCCAUCUGCUACCACUGGAUCUCAUCUGGUGAGAAAGGGGAGGUGAUCUUCUCAGCUGGCUACAACGGCUGCCAUGUGCUGAGGCAGGAUGGCCGUAGCCUCCUGAGGGUCCGAGUGGAGGAAUUACUGAGCACCAGGGCCAUCGCUGCCACCCAUGACGUGAACAUUACCUGCCCCAAGCCCACUGAACAUGACUUAACCCCAGAGGAGACCAUGCGCUACCUGCCCGUGCCGCGCCCGGUGCCCGUGCCGCGCCCGGUGCCCCACAUCUAUCCUCGACCAAGCAGCAUAGGUCCCUCCCCUAAACCAGAGUGAGGAUCUCCAGCUCUUCUUAAUCCACACCUUGCUGUUCUAGGUACUCAUCUCACACAGGAGCAGUGCCACGUGGUGGCUGGGAAGAUCCCCUGUGCAGACACCCCAGGCCAAGCUGCUUGCAUUCAGGCUGGCUGCUGUUAUGAUGAGACUGACCCUACUACCCCCUGCUACUAUGGCAACACAGUCACUGUUCAGUGCCUUGUGGAUGGUCACUUCAUUCUGGUGGUCUCCAGGGACAUAUCUGAUCACCCCAUCAUCCUGGACAGUGUCCGGCUAGCCUAUGCCCAAACAGGAUGUGAUCCCAUCAGAAUGACACACGCUUUUGUGAUCUUCCGAUUCCCUGUGAUGCAGUGUGGCACAACAGUCCAGGUGAUCCAUGACAAACUGAUCUAUGAGAACCAGCUGAUCUCUGGCAUCGACAUCCAGACUGGGCCAGAUGGCUCCAUCACCCGGGACAGCACCUUCAUCCUCCAUGCUCGCUGCAUCUACAAUGCCAGCGGCUUCCUGCCAGUCCAGGUGGAGGUGUUCUUGCCCCCCACACCUGCUCCAGUCACCCAGGCAGGACCCCUCCGGCUCGAGUUGCGAAUUGCCACAGAUGUGAGCUACGCAUCCUAUCUCACAGAAGGAGACUAUCCUGUGGUGAAGGUACUCAGGGACCCUGUCUACAUGGAGGUUCGCAUCCUGCAGAGAACAGACCCAUCCCUGGUUCUGGUUCUGCACCAGUGUUGGGCUACCCCAAGCACUAACCCCCUGCAGCAGCCACAGUGGCCCAUCCUGGUGGACGGGUGCCCAUUCCGGGGCGACAACUACAGAACCCAGCUUGUGCCCAUGGUCACUGCCUCAUCUGAGCUGCCCUUCCCAACUCAUCACCAGCGCUUUGUCCUCUCCACCUUUGCCUUUGUGGACUCUUCCUCUCAGGUGGCUCUUGAUGGACAGGUGUACAUUUACUGUAGCGCCUCUGCUUGCUACCCCUCCUGGCUGGAGCCCUGCAGGACAGCGUGCCCAUCAGAUGCUACUGCAAGAGGCCGCCGGUUCCUUGAUAUCAACAAUGGGACAGAACCCCAGGACCUAGUGAGUUCUCAUGGCCCUGUGAUCUUCCAGGAGAGCCCUGAGCCGUGGAAAGAACAAGUCUAUGAGAACAAGGGAGAAGCAGCUGGAUGA